GCGCGCGCGUCUUCCGACUUUUGGGCGAAUUUUGGGCAGAUUCAUUCGCGCUUUUGCGGCCAUGGCGGUGACCACCUUCGAUGGCCAGUUCAGCUUCAAGCAGGACUCGUUGGCGAGACUCGGCAAGCGGGAGCCUUCCAAGAUGAACGCAGACCAAUACGCGGCCUUCCAGAACAGCCCCUUCAUGCAGGGCGUGCGCAAAACGGAGGACCUGUGCUGGAGCUUCACUUGCGACCGGGACGAGCGGCGCAAGAAGAGCGAUCCCUCCUUCAAGCCGACGGACGACGACUUCAGUGCUCCCAAAGCCCACGAGUUUGACAGAUGCAUCAACUACUACAAGGUGCUCGGCAUCGACGAGUACUCGACCCUGGAAGAGGUGAAGAAGGCCUACAAGAAGUUGUCCCUGGUCUACCAUCCCGACAAGACCGCCGGCAUGAGCGCGGAGCAGAAGGAGGAGUACGCCGCCGUCUUCAUCGAGCUGAAGAACGCCUACCUCACCCUCGGGGACAACGCCACGCGCCGGCAGUACGACCGGGAGCGGGACCGGGACAAGGCCUCCUUUGAGGUGAACGGCUUCAAGCCCAAGACCCGGGCACACUUCGACGCCUCCGAGGUGCUGAAGAAGCUCCAGGAGAUGCAGAAGCCCCCGGGGAAGCAUCUGGAGGUGCCACUGGCCGUGAAGUUGGAGAAGUUCUUCUACGGCGGUCACAAGGGCAUUCGCCGGCAAAGGCGGGUGAAGGACUUUGGCGGCUUCACGCAGGAGACGCGGAUCUACAGAGUGGACAUCCCGAGGGGCGCCAGCGAGCCUCACGAUGUGACCUUCCGGCAGGGCGGAGAUCACCACGAGGACACUCGGCCGGACACCCUGUGCUUCAAGAUGUCGUCCAAGCCGCACGCUCUGGUGGAGCGGCGUGGCGAGGACCUGGUGCUGCGGUCCCGGGUGGGGUUGGGCACCACUGUUCAAAAUGACCCGCUCAUCUGGACGGAGGUCCCUUCCGUCGGGGGGAGACACCUCCUGCUCUGGGGCCAAAAUCCGUUCUACAACUCCACCCGUCCGGGCGAGCUGCGGGUGAAGGUGGAGGGCGAAGGCUUGAGCUCCAAGGGAUCUCUGCACUUCACGUGCCGACCAGGGCUCUCGAGCUCCAGCUCCAUGCCGGCGAGGCCUGUCCAGCCCGGAGCUGACCCCACAGCCGACCAGGUCGUGGUGAGCGUGAAGAACAUGCAGACGGAUGGCAAGAUCUUCAUCCGGAUCCACAAGUCCGCGACCAUGGCAGACGUCCGCGCCAAAGUGGUGGACGUGCUGGGCCUUCCACGGGGCUCGACCGUGAGAAUGCUGCAGCACUUCUCUGGCGGGUACACGCCCUUCAGCGAUCGCCAAGCUCUGGGCGCGCUGCGGUCGCUGAACUGCGCCGGCACUGCAUGGACGGGGGUGGACUUCACUCCUACCCGGUGCAAGCAGUUCCUCCGGGACAUUCUGGUGGCCAAAGACCGGCCAGCCAUCCAGGCCAAGCUGAAGGUGUCGAAGCCUGGCGGCUCUGCGGCGGCUCCAGAGGUCUGGUCUGCCUUCGUGAGCAUCCUGCCUGAGUACGGCCUUGAGCCCAUCACUUCUGUGAUGCAGGACACCAUCGCCCUGGCACGCCGGAAGGUGAAGGAACUCCCUGGCUGCGACAGUCUUCUGGAGCAAAUCGAGCAGCUGC